GUUUCCAGAUGAAUCCCAAAAUCUCUGUCUACGAAAAUUCCUCCAACACUUUGGAGCUGACCCAACUAAAAGCAGAAAACGAAUUUCUGAAGCAUGAGCUCGUGGAGCAACGAAACAUUUUCGAGUCAAUGCUCGGAAAAGAAAAGUUUGACUUGACUUUGGAGAUCAUGCUUUUGAAGAAUCAGGUCGAGGAAUCGUUCAAGGAAAAGAAGAUGAUUUUGGCUUUUUUUGAUGAAAAGGACAGCGAGAAGGAGCAAAUGGUUUUGAAAUUUACCAGAGAAAUUGAUGAGCUCAAGGAAAUCAUCGAAGACAGUGUUUCGGAUAAAUUGGACUACAAUGAAGAGACAAAAGCAUGUCAUUCGGAAAUUGAAAGACUUGAAGAUGAAUUGAAAAACCGCAAGAGGGAUCUUAGACGAAGUGCACGAGAAAUGAAAGCAAUGGAAUCUCAAAAAGAUUAUUUGAUGACAGAGUGUGUACAGCAAAAGCAGGCGAUGAAACGAUUGGAAUCUAAAAAUCAAAAGCUUUUGGAUCAUAUGACAGCAACUAGUGAAGGAUAUCAAAGAUUGUCAAGAAACAAUGAAAAUCUUCUGAAGACGAAUGCAUUGUUGAAUGAAAUGAUCGGCAGAUUCAUGGCUCGAGAUCAACGACAAGUUCAGGAAGAGGAAACUAGUGUUCUGAAAAAGUGAUUUCUGAAGAACGUUCACAACAGCUUGCUCAUCGCCCUUCAUCGACUGUCAGACCAACUUCCUUUUGUAGUUUUCUAGUUCUUCCAUCUCCCUGUAACUCCAUCGAUCAUUCAUGUCAUCUCAUCAUUGUAAUAAUUCAAUUUUCUAGAAAUCCCUUUCCAGAUAAAUAAAUGAAUUAAACCGU